UGUGCCCGCCAUGACGCUGCUCCCUCCGCAGGCCCCGAGGGCUGUAACAUCUUCAUCUACCACCUGCCCCAGGAGUUCGCUGACACCGAGAUCCUACAGAUGUUCCUGCCCUUCGGCAACGUCAUCUCAGCCAAAGUGUUCGUCGACCGCGCCACCAACCAGAGCAAGUGCUUCGGCUUUGUCAGCUUUGACAAUCCAGCCAGUGCGCAGGCGGCCAUCCAUGCCAUGAACGGGUUCCAGAUCGGCAUGAAGCGCCUCAAAGUGCAGCUCAAGAGGCCCAAAGACGCCAACCGGCCCUACUGAGGGGUCUGGGAGCGCAGCGCAGCACCCAUGGGUGACCCCGACGGUGGAGCAGCCCCCCUGGGAUGGGGAGGUCGGUCCUGCCGGAGGGGGCACACAGACCCCCAUAUGCUCAGGAAGGAUGGACCCCCCCCGGCAGGACCAGAUGGAUCCCCCCUUCCAGUCCAUCCCAGUCCAUGGGCUGAGGAGGAGGACCCAGCAACCCCAGCACUCCCCCCAACACCCACUGCCCUAUUUCGGGUAAGGGCACUCCUGUGCCCCCCAGGUCCCCGCUUGGGGUUUCUUUCUCACCAAACAGGACCAAACCCAGCCCCAAGCUGGGGACGUGGGAGGCACCUCACGUUGGGGGGGGACAUGGCCACCUCCCCCUGUCCCCCCAAAUACCACCCCAUGGGCGGCUGCGCCAGGGCAAGCGGGACCCUCUCCACACAUACACUGCCACUCCGCUCUGCCCGGCCCCUACCUGCCUCAGUUUCCCCUUUUCUAUGGGUUCCGGGGGCUGCACCCCCCAGCACGGCCACAGCUGUAUGGACAUGGAGUGGCUGCACAUGAGAUGUGCCGGGAUUGGGAUGAACUGGGAUCAGGAUGCUCCAAGAUUGGGAUGUGCUGGAAUUGGGAUGCUCCAAGAUCGGGACGCACUGAAUUUGGGAUGCAGUGAAACUGGAAUGCACCGAGAUUGGGAUGCUGCAAAAUGGGGAUGCAACAAAACUGAGAUACUGCGAGUUUGGGAUGCAGUGAAACCGGGAUUCCGUGCUAUUAGGAUGCUCCAAAAUCAGGAUGCACUGAAUUUGGGAUGCAGUGAGAAUGGGGUGCACUGAAACUGCCAUGUGCUGAAGUUGGGAUGCGGUGGGAUUUGGACGCGUCAAGUUUGGGAUGUGCCAAAUGUUGGAUGCAGCAAAACUGAGAUCGAGAUGCAGCAAGAUCAGGAUGCAUCGCAUCUGGGAUACAGAGAGAUGGGGAUGCAGUGAGAUUGGGAUCGACUGAUGUUGGGUUGCGUUGAUAUCAGAUGUGCCGAGAUCAGGAUGUACCGACAGUGAGACGUACCGAGAUCAAAACGCGCCGAGGUUCGGAUGCACCAACACUGGGACGUACCGAACUCGGGAUAGGCUGAGAUUGGGAUGCACUGAGCUUGGGAUGCGCUGAGCUUGAGAUCUACCAAAACUGAGGCACAGGGAGAUCAGGAUGCUCUGCCAUCAGGAUUGCAAUUGAGAUCGGAAUGCACAGAAACUGGGAUGGAUCAACACUGGGAUGCACCGAGAUCGGGAUGCACCAAAACCGGGACGUACUGAGAUGGGGAUCCACCACCAUAGGGACGCACGGACCUCGGCCCCACAACCCUCCCCCGCCCCCCCGAUCCCGGAGCCCGCAGC